CAUGGCACCAGCCGGAGGCCAGCGGGCCAAGAAGGGCAUUUUGGAGCGCCUGGACAGCGGAGAGGUUGUGGUUGGGGACGGCAGCUUUCUCAUCACGCUGGAGAAGAGAGGCUUCGUGAAGGCCGGGCUCUGGACCCCGGAAGCAGUGGUGGAGCAUCCAAGUGCAGUUCGCCAGCUCCACACAGAAUUCUUGAGAGCGGGAGCAGAUGUCUUGCAGACUUUCACCUUCUCUGCCACUGAGGACAAUAUGGAAAGCAAGUGGGAAGCCGUAAAUGCAGCAGCCUGUGACCUUGCCAGGGAGGUGGCUGAUCAAGGGGAUGCUUUGGUGGCAGGGGGCCUCUGCCAGACAUCGCUGUACAAAUACCACAAGGAUGAAACUAGAAUCAAAAACCUUUUCCGACUACAGCUGGAAGUUUUUGUCAGGAAAAAUGUGGACUUCUUGAUUGCAGAGUAUUUUGAGCAUGUGGAAGAAGCUGUGUGGGCUGUGGAGGUCUUGAGAGAAGUGGGGAAACCUGUGGCUGCGACCAUGUGCAUCGGCCCGGAGGGGGACACGCACGAUGUGUCGCCUGGAGAGUGUGCAGUCAAGCUGGCACGGGCAGGAGCGAACAUCAUUGGGGUCAACUGCCGAUUUGGGCCCCGGACCAGCUUGCAGACCAUCAAACUCAUGAAGGAGGGUCUCAGGGAUUCGGGCCUACAAGCUCACCUGAUGGUGCAAAGCCUGGGCUUCCACACACCUGACUGUGGCAAGGGAGGGUUUGUGGACCUCCCAGAAUAUCCCUUCAGCAUGGAACCCAGAGUUGCCACCAGAUGGGAUAUUCAAAAAUACGCCAGAGAGGCCUACGACCUGGGGGUCAGGUACAUCGGCGGCUGCUGUGGAUUUGAGCCCUACCAUAUCAGGGCCAUUGCGGAGGAGCUGGCCCCAGAGAGAGGAUUUCUGCCUCCGGCUUCAGAGAAACAUGGCAGCUGGGGAAGUGGUUUGAACAUGCACACCAAGCCCUGGAUCCGAGCAAGGGCUAGACGGGAAUACUGGGAGAAUCUGCUGCCAGCUUCAGGCAGACCUUUCUGUCCUUCGCUCUCAAAGCCGGAUGCAUAAGAAGCAAUGAAAGAAAACUCUGGAAAGACAGACCAGGAAGAACCGAUCUCAAG